AUAUGUUCUGUCCGGAAAUCUUCAAGUGUGACACAUGGCAACAGAAACACGGAAGAGGCAGUGAUCAGCUGACACCGCUCGCUCACGGAUCCAACAGUUCUGCCGUCGGUCUCCUCGCCGUGACACCCAGCGUGCACCAUGGAUGACCAGGAGAUGCAGCUGAAAGUCAGGCGAGUGACUGACAAGUUCACGGAGAGCAUGUACGUCCUGGCCAACGAGCCGUCGGUGGCUCUGUACAGGCUGCAGGAGCACGUCCGGAGGUCGCUGCCCGAACUGGUGCAGCACAAGACAGAUAUGCAGAGCUGGGAGGAGCAGAGUCAAGGAGCCAUCUACAGUGUAGAGUACGCAUGCAGUGCCGUGAAGAGCAUGACGAACAGCAGCAUGUAUUUCAAAAACAUCGACGGCCUCCUCCGUCAAGCCAUCAGCAUGAAGGAACAGAUUAGCAGCUCUCAAGGACGCAGCUUACAUGAUGUGACCGCUCCCAGUCCCCUUGUCUCUGCUCCACAUGCCCCACCCACUUCCUCUUGACCGCUGACAGAGGUUUCCAAGGAAAAGGACGGUCGACUGUGGCGUGCCAAAGGAAGGGGGAGAAAAGCACAGCUCCGGUAUGUGACGUGACUUCCCCGGGCUGGUGGUGUUGCUUUCUACGGUCCCUUGCUCUGCUACCUAAUGAUUGUGGCUGAAGUAGGGUCAUAAGGGCAACACCUCCUCACCACAAUGGAGUGACUGCCUCCGCUGACCCCACAGUACAAGCCGCUCAGUGGAACAGAGCACCACCACAGCGCUGCCAGGUUCAGCAUUAAAAACACUUAAGUCAUGGACGCUGCUCAAAGAAUGCAUUGUUCUCUUGGACUCGCUGGACGGACCAGAGAGAAAGCAGCAGUGCUGUUUUUGCCUCUGCUGUAGAAAAUCCACUGCGAUGCCAAUGUUUUGGACUUUAGUUUUCAAGGCGGGGGGGGGGGGGGGGGGGGGGGUGUUUGUUGUUUGUUGUUGAAGGCUAAAGACUGAAUGCACCCUGCAUACAAAUUAUAAAAGCUUGAUACUCGUACAGAUUGAAAAACACAGAAGUGUGCUAGACUGCAACAACAGGUUCCAGAUCUAAGUUGUGUUUCAGUAUAUCUAAGAAUACCUUCAUGUCAGAUUGGGCAAAACGUUCGUCAAGUGAGAAAUGAGACUUUUAUGAAAAGAAGAAUUUGUUCUUACCUGCUAGGUAGACAGAGACCCCCAGGCAGAACAGUCCAAUUGCCACAUGUCGUACAGCUCUGCUAUCCAAAAGAAACCAGUCAGUUCUGUUGAAAGAAAUGUUAUAUGUUCAGUGUCAUGGUUCAGAUACAGUAUGUUUUACAUUUAAACUUUGCUACUUUAGUUUUAUUAAUUAAUGCAUGAAGACAAUUUUAUGCAGCAUUUUCUUUUGCCCCUUCUUUGCCAUAUUAUCAAACUUCUCUUGAUCCCUUUAUUUCUCCACUGAUAAGUUGUUAUAUCAGACCCGUGGGUCCUAUUGAUUAUUUUGCUUGUGUUUAAAGGCUAGAUGUUCUGUGAAGCUCAUUGUUAUGCACAUUUUCUUGGAAUGUUCCCUCCGUCAGUGGGGAGGUCGCUGGGCAUGCUGUCGGAUUUGUAUACGGACGUGGGAAAGGACCGGCGAGAGGCCGUGCUCUGGGUGCAUAAUGAGAGGAAGGCCAUUGUUUGGAUGGGAUUCAUUGGGGUUGUGAGGUGGGGGGCGACCAACAACAUUGCAGGGUGGGCCUCUGCACUCUGACACAUCAAGUCUUUUAUGGUUCUAAAACCAUGUUUUCUCUUAAUGAAACUUAAUACAGUUGAUUUUUAUCACCCAGGAUAAGUCUGUAGUUUACAGAAAACAAUGAAAGGAGGAGGAGAAACGCAUACUAAACGGAAUACACUGACUAUUUGACCAGUAAAUACAAACCUCAUAAAGGAUUUUUUUGCUCAUCUCUAUAUUGAAAGAUAUCCUUUCUAGCAAAUCCUUUCAACUAUCAAUCAUUAAUUAACAAUCAGAUAAAUUUGAAUAAAUGUCUCUAUACAGUUUCAAAA